AUGAUGCAUGUUGGAGCGAUCGAGUCCUGGGAAUAGGGUGGUGCCCAGUCUUUCUCCCGUCGACCACUGCGUUGACAUGUCUUUCGUGCUAAAUCGCUUCGGCACAUGACCUCACAGUUAGUUAGUUGGCUAUUGCGGCUGAGUAUGUAGUAAGCACAAUUUUGUUAAGAAAAUCACAUACAUAAUCUCACAAAUGGAAUUUCUCUAUGCUCCGACCUAGACUUUACAACAAUUGGCGCCCAACGUGGGGCCUGGGGUAUAAGAAAAAUAUUUCGAGCUGAAUUGUGAGAUUAAGCGAGUUGGAACGAAACGAAAUGUCCACGCAGGAAGACGAAGUUGAACGUCGCGCGGAAGCAGGAAGAAUCGAGAACGGAAAUAUGGAGAGACUGAAGAGAACCCGAGGUGGAAACAGGGCAGUAAUUACGAGGUUCGAGCGAGAAGCGACUUGGAUAAUACGAGAUCAUGGUGAUGCCCUUACCACGGAAAUCCUAGCGAAGCUGGAUUCGAUUUUGUCUGUUCUUCAGCAGAAAAGGAGGCUGUUGUGUAACUUGAACGAUGAAAUUUUGGCAAAAUGUCAUAUUGACGAAAUAGAGAAAGAAAUCGAAGAAUCAGCCGAGAUAGAUGUGAAGAUCGAGGAAAUUAUAUCGAGAAUUGGGGCUUGCAAAAGGGGUACUGUUGUUGGAGCUUUACACGGACUUGCUGAACCGACUGGAGUUUCUACACCGACACCCGCUAUUCGAAAUGAAUUGACGACCGAUGCAACGCCCUUCGCACCAGCAAAUGGACAGCUGAAUAGGAGUGGUAGCUCCUCACGUUCGGAAAAUAUUGGUGUAAAGCUGCCUAAAAUUAAUUUGCCUAAUUUUUCUGGCGAUGUGACGAAGUAUCAAGCCUUUUGGCAAAGCUUUCAGUGUGCUGUGCAUGAAAAUGAACAGAUAUCGGCGGUUCACAAAAUGAACUAUCUAAUGCGAUCACUUGAAGGAACUGCAUUUAAAGCCUUGGAGGGGCUGGCAAUUACCGAAGAGAACUAUGAGCAUGCUAUAAACAUUUUGCAGACAAGAUUUGGAAAUCCACAGCAAAUAAUUAGCGCUCACAUGCAGGCGCUGUUAAAUUUGCAAAGUUGUCCAAAAGAAACUGUGUCACAGAUACGAGCGAUAUACGACAAUAUCAAUGUGCACGUCCGCGGACUGGAGACGUUAGGCAUUUCAUCGGAACGAUAUGGCAGUUUGUUAGUGCCCGUGAUAAUGUCAAGAAUGCCGGCAGAAAUUACCUUGCAAGUGGCUCGAAAGACAUCAGAGCAAAUUUGGCGAAUAGACGAGAUUUUGGACAUCAUAAGGAAAGAAAUUGAGGCAAGGGAGAUAAGCCGAAAACUUGACACAAAGACCACUCGAAAAUCUGAGAGAACAAGCCUUACAGAAUAUCGAGGAACAACGAGAGCCUUCGCAGUUAUCAAAGAUGGAAAAAGGGAACGAAAGCUGCAGUGUUAUUUUUGUCAAGGGGAACACUAUGCAGAAAAGUGUAAGGUAGUUACAAGCAUCGAAGAAAGAAAAUCAAAGUUGAUUGAAGGAAAUCGUUGUUUCAAUUGUUUGAGGAUUGGUCAUCGAGCGAAAACAUGCAGAAGUCCACCGAAGUGCUUUCACUGUAAAAGCAAACACAAUUCAGCAUUGCACGAAGACCUAGUUAUGGAAGAGAAGCGAGGGGUACCUGCACUGCAAACGACGGUCAAUUCCGCGUCAGAUGAGAGAAAAAAUGUUCUUCUACAGACAGCACAGACGUAUGGCUUUGGUGCGGAUAGGAGCGAGAAACAGCUGGUGAACAUCCUGUUUGACUCAGGCAGUCAGAGAAGCUACAUUUCAGAAGAAACGGUGAAGAAGCUGGGGUUGAAGGUCGAGAAAACAGAGACCGUAUACUUGAACAUUUUCGGUUCAAAUAAAUAUGAGAAGAAAAGUUGUGAUAGGGUAACGGUAAAUCUAGAAGUAGGAGAUGAAAUAUUGACGUUAACCGUAUUAAGUUCCCCCCAUCUUUGUUUGCCAUUAAGUACACCAAUAGAUGUAAGUUGCUAUCCACAUUUGCAAGGUUUGCAACUCGCCGAUAGUUAUGCGACUUGCGAAAAGCGCAUAGAAUUAGUCAUAGGUGUAGAUUAUUAUUAUCGCAUAGUGCAAGGCGAAGUAAGAAAGGGCGGCAAUGGCCUUGUUGCAAUAAGUAGCAAACUCGGUUGGUUGCUUUGUGGACCUGUUGUUUGUAAUGAAGGUGAUAAAAGCUCUUUAAAUAAUGUGAUGAAUUUAAUUGUUGAUGUUUUACCUUCGAGAGACGAAAUUACAGAUGAUAGCAGAGAAAUCGUCGAAUCGCUGACGAAAUUUUGGAAGCACGAAUCCGCGGGUCUUUAUGAAACCGAGAAUCCUGAAGACAAGAAGACCGAUGAUGGAGGGGUGGAUAUCAACUUCAAGGAUGGUCGCUACACGGUAAGACUUCCAUUUAAAGAUGAUUUGUAUCGUAGCCUACCUUCAAAUUAUGAUAUGAGUAAGAAACGGCUUGAAUCAUUGUUCAGUAAACUUAAAACUAAGCCCGAUCUUUUGAAACAAUAUGAUGAAAUUUUUCAGCAGCAACUUUCUGAUGGUAUUAUUGAAGAGGUUUCUCAAGAAAAUAUUGAUAAACAAGGGUCGCAUUUUCUUUGUCACUUUGGUGUUAUAAGAAAUGAUAGAGAGACAACUAAACUGCGUAUAGUUUUUGACAGUUCCGCGAAAAAUUCACAAGAAAAUUUGUCUCUAAAUGAUUGUCUUGAAACAGGGGAGAAUUCUAUGCCGCAUCUUUUUAACACCUUAAUACGAUUUCGCACGAAGCCAAUAGUUUUGACAGCGGACAUAGAGAAGGCAUUCCUCCAAAUCGAAAUUAAUGAGGAGGAUCGUGACGCACUACGAUUCUUAUGGUAUGAUGAUGUGACUCGAAAUAACCCAACAAUACGUUGUUUUCGAUAUCGACGGCUUUGUUUUGGUCUUAAUUGCUCGCCAUCAAUCCUAGGCCAAGUCAUUAAACAUCAUGUUUUGCAAUUUAAAUCGGAGAGUCCUAAGGUGGUCGAGAUUCUCAACAUGUUGUAUGCUGACGAUUUAUCUAGUGGAGCUCAACAACCACACGAAGCCCUUGAAAUAUACGAAAAGGCUAAAUCUAUUAUGUUAAAGGGAGGUUUUAAUUUGCGUAAAUGGGACUCUAACGAUAAGAAUGUGUUAGACGAAAUUCGAAAGUCAGAGGACUCAGGUGAGAAACCUGCGGUGGAGCAGGGCGUGGUCACCGGUGAAGAUGACCAAACAUUUUCUGAGUAUUCAUUAGGGGCCGCAACAAGUAGUUUUGAUAAUGCGGGUAAGAAGGUUUUAGGUGUUAGCUGGGACAGCAAGUUAGAUAGACUGUGUUUUCAGUUAUCAGAUAUCGUUGAGUUUGCUAAAUCACUGGUGCCAACAAAACGUUCUGUGUUGAAAUUGGUAGCGAAAAUAUUUGACCCUUUUGGUUUGUUAAAUGUUUACACCAUAAAUUUGAAGAUACUUUUCCAAGAACUUUGUACUGAAAAGGUGGCCUGGGACGAACUAUUACAAGGUCAACAUAAACUCAAGUUUGAAUCACUUAUAUCCGAAAUCGAGCUUCUUAACGGUAUUUCUAUACACAGGUACUUGUUUCAGAAGGGAAAAGAGGUAAGAAGUGUAGAAUUACAUGGAUUCUCAGACGCUAGCGAGAAAGCUUAUGGGGCUGUGGUGUAUUUACGAUGUGUUUACGAAUCUGGAGAGGUCCAAGUUAACAUAAUUGCUUCCAAGUCAAAAGUGUGUCCAAUUAACAAACAAAGCAUUCCAAGACUAGAGCUUUUAGGUGCAUGUUUACUUGCCAAACUUAUGCAAACAGUUAAAAUUGUUUUGCAGGACGAGCUCCAGGAUAAAGUCAUUGAGACAUUUUAUUGGACUGACUCAUAUUCUACUCUUUGUUGGAUUCGCAAUGUGAAACCUUGGACACAAUAUGUUAGGAACAGAGUUUCGAAAAUUUUGAGUACUUCUAAGCAAGAAAAAUGGUUCCAUUGUCCUGGGGUAGAUAAUCCGGCAGAUCUGCCUUCCAGAGGAAAACAUGGGGGUCUCGCUGCCAAUUCGUUCUGGUGGGAGGGUCCACAAUUUCUUAAAUUAGAACCACAGGAAUGGCCCAAUACCCCUAAUGGCAGUGAGUUGGUCGUAGAAGAAGCAUUGCAGGAAAGGGUUAAACAGGGGCCUAUCAUUACCCACGCAAUAUUUACUUCAAAGGGGAAAUUCGAAGAACUUAUUGAUAUAACGCGUUUUAACGACAAGGGUAAACUGGUACGAAGUUUUGGAUGGGUUAUAAGAUUUAUCUCCAACUUGAAAAGUGCGGUACAAGGUACUGAAAUAAAUCGUAGCGAAGGUUUAAGUGUCCCGGAAAUUCAAAGGGCAGAAACAGUAUUAAUACGGUCAGUUCAGCACGAGUCAUUUUCAUCUGAAAUAAAAUAUUUGUUAAGCUCGGAAUCAGGCAAAAAGGGUACGAAAACACCACUGUACAUAAACCAGUUUAAUCUAUUUUUGGAUAAGGACAUGAUUCUUCGAUGUAGAACACGUGUAGGAAAGUCUACAAUUGCUGAAAGUAGCAAACGACCUGUAUUUUUGCCUGCUAAAAGUAAGUUGUCGGAGCUAAUAAUUAAGGAUUGCCAUGAUAAAGUGUUCCACAACGGUGUAAAGGACACGUUAAACUUAAUGAGACAGCGUUAUUGGGUUCUCCGGGGGAGGGAACAAGUAAGAAAACUCGUACGUCGUUGCAUUUUGUGUAAGAGACUUGAGGGUUUACCCUUCAAGACCGUGUACAGCCCUGAAUUACCAGAGUUCCGCAUUGAUAGUGGUCCGCCCUUUACAAAUGUAGGCAUAGACUUUGCGGGACCAUUAAUGGUAACAGGUAGAUGGAAUAAAGACGAACAAAUUAAAUGCUAUCUGUGCUUGUUUACGUGUGCUGCUACGAGAGCAGUUCACCUUGAAGUUGUCGAAUCAUUAAGCGUUGAAGAUUUU